AGAGCACACGCGCAAGGCUUGAGGGAGGAGAUAAUAAAUAGGGGAAGGGAAGAGGGAGAAAGAAAGGGUGAGAGAUGGUAGUGCCACGUGGGACACUACCUGGCAUACAGCCUUGGCAUCAUUCCAAAAUUCCCCCAUUUUUCCCCCUUUGCCUAUGGCGCUCCUCUUCCUCCUCCUGCACCUUCACCUCCACCAAUCUCUUCUUUCCCCAAUCUCUCUCUCUUUAGAUCAAACCCAUAUUAUCAUUAUUCGUCCUUUGAUCGAAAACUAGCCUCACCCGAUCAAGCAGAGAGAGAAACCACAAAUAAAGUUUCUAUCUUCUUUUUUUUUCGAGCUCCAUUUUUCAGGUACUUUUUUUUUUCUUUUUUUUAGCUUUGGAUUUAAUUUAUUUCUGACUAAAGCUGAUUUAGGUUUCUUUUAUUGAAUCCGGAACUGCUAAAUUUGGAACCUUUGCUGGGUUUUGUUUCAGCUGUUGUUCAUUGAUUUAGUUGAGUGGUGGCUUUUUUGUUUGCUUAGUUGGAUUCAAUUUAGGUUCUUUUUCCUUGGCUUUCUGGGUCUCUGAAAAUUUGGGAGAUUUGAUGAUUUCUGGUACUCUUCUUGAGUUACCGGAUGGAGAAUCAAUCUGUUUCUGGUGUUAAAAUUAGUGAACUUGUAUAUUGGUUUCCAUUUUGGUUAGAAUUUUGGACACUGUUAAAUUUCAUGGUGUGAGUUGAAACCUUCCCAUGUGUAAUAAAGGAAUAGUUGAUCACCAACAGCAGCAUAAUAAUCAAGCUGUGUAUUUGAUGGAUUCACCUUCAUCAACCCCAGCAUCUGCCCCAGCUUCCACCCCUAGUUCCAAUGAUGAAACCCCACGUGUAAAAUUCUUGUGUAGCUUCUUAGGUAGCAUUUUGCCUCGACCCCAAGAUGGGAAAUUGAGGUAUGUUGGGGGAGAAACGCGAAUUGUGAGCGUGCCUAGAGAUAUUAGUUAUGAGGAGUUGAUGACUAAGAUGAGGGAGCUUUAUGAUGGAGCAGCAGUGUUAAAGUAUCAACAACCUGAUGAGGAUCUUGAUGCUUUAGUGUCUGUUGUGAAUGAUGAUGAUGUGAUUAACAUGAUGGAAGAGUAUGAGAAGUUGGAUUCAGGCGAUGGGUUCACUAGGCUUAGGAUUUUUUUGUUUUCACAUCCUGACCAAGAUGGUUCAUCACACUAUGUUGACGGGGAUGAGAGGGAGACUGAGAGGAGGUAUGUCGAUGCUUUGAACAGUUUAAAUGAGGGUUCUGAUUUUAGGAAGUGUGACUCUCCUGUGAUGGCUCCAGUAGCCGAUGAUAUUCAUUUAGCAGCAGAACAAUUUUUUAACAGUAUGAGUAUUGAUGGUGGCCUUCAUAGUCAGAGGAGUGGUGAGAUGUUGAUGCCACCAUAUAACUUACAUCAUCUUACGAUUCCUCACGUGGGGUCUGGGCAACUCCAGCAACCAGUUCCUCAGAGGUACAAUGAAAUGGAAGGUCCAUGGAGUCCUGCUUACUAUUCUCCUAGGCACCAUGGACACCAUGAUCCUAGAAUGCUAUCAGAGUUUCCACCUUCACCAUCUUCUGCUCGCUACCGGGUACCAUUUCCAGAGUUACCAGACAAAUGCUUGGAUAGAAUGCCUGAAGAAUAUGUGAGGCAGCAAUUAAAUCAUCAUCCCCAAUACGAACACCAGCCACAAUUUUCGGAUAAUGUAGUAUGGAUGCCACCUGGAGCUAUUUCUGGUGAUAAGGCUGGUGGUUUUCCUGGUAACAUACUUCAUGGUCAUGGUGUUUAUGAAGGGAACCACAUCUGCGAGCACUGCAGGGCUACUUUCAGCAGAAAUCAACCACCACAUUUGGAGCAUCCCAACAUGGGAAAUGGAGUUCCCCAGGUUAAUAAUCCAUGUGCUGAAUGCCCCCCAAAUCGGGAAGCUUUCUUGCUGAAUGCAGAUGGAAAAUUGCAUCAUGGGUUUUAUUCCAAAGAUCAAAGUGAUCCCCGUUCUGCUUAUGGUGAAACAAACAGUCAUGAAAGAGGAUGGGUUCUGCAGCACCAACUGAACCCUCGUGUUGAGGAAGCAAGAAAUCAUGUACCUGGAGCUGGAAGAUUGAAUGACCACUAUGUUGUAGAUGGUCCUGGCAUGAGUUUACCUCUUGGGCAUGCUAGUUUAGCUGAUGGCCAUCAUCUGCCCUCAAAUUAUGUUCAUCACCGAGCUGGACCUGAAUUGGGGAAUGAAGUCUUUCAUGAUCAAGCUGUGGUUGCUUCAUCCCACCUGCACAUUCCUCCUGAAGAACGCGGGGUUCGAUAUGGGAAUUAUCCUUACCCAUAUGGAGGUGAUAAUGUUUACCCAGCGUCACAUGGACAUGUACACACACAGUCUUUAUGGAGAAAUGUUCAGAACCCAACUCAUGGUGCUCCUGCUUAUGAAGCAUCUGGCUUGCCCCAGCAAGUAAACGGUACAGUUAACUCAGCAUUUGUGAAGGGUCCGGUGGAAGCUACUGCAAGGCUUUGUCUUGGAACAGAUAGUCAAAAUCCUUGGGUUGAGUCGUCACCAAAGAUGCUGGGUUUUGAUGGGACUGCUGUUUCAGACAAUGCUUAUGCUCACCCUCUCAAGAUUAACGCUGGUCCUCAUGGUCAGGAAACUCGACACUCUGUCACUAUAGAACCAGUUCGAUCCCCACAAGAUAUGCUCAACUUGGCCACUUCUAUAGAACCUGUGCAGUCAUCAGAUCAAUCUUCAACUUUAAUUCAUGAUAAAUCUGUUUCUGGUAACAAUCCAACAUCACGAGAUGAUUCUAAUGCAACCGGAGCAUUGAGGAUUGAGGAGAAAAUUGGUCCAAUAGAAGAUAAAGAAGCAAAUUAUGCAGCAGAGAUUGAAAAGUCUAAUGUUCCCAGUAUGUGCUGUCCAGAGCAAAACAAAAUUACUGAAAAUGAAUCUAAAACACCAUUCCUUGAUUCUAGCAUUUCAAAUUGCUUAAAAUUUGCUGAAAAGUGUGGUGACCAGUCACAAGCUGGUGGAAAAGAUCCUAGUGCUGCUGAAAAUUCAAAGCUAUCUGUAAACCGUCUGAGUUUCAUACCAGAAUUUGUUGCUUCCGUUAAAAAAGCAGCUUUAGAAGAGGUAGAAGAAGUUAAAGCAAAAGCUGAAGAUGGUGACUCCGUGAAGCAUGAUGCAGUUGAAAAAGAAGCGGCUGCAAAUGAAUCUGAAUCGGUGAAUGCCCAAGGCGAGUUGGAAUUGGAUUCUGAUAAUGACAACAUAACCCCUUCCAAAAUUGAGCCAACAAAGGCUGAAGCUGAAGCUAUUGCAAGAGGCUUACAGACGAUAAAGAAUGAUGAUCUAGAGGAGAUCCGAGAAUUAGGCUCUGGAACAUAUGGGGCUGUUUAUCAUGGCAAAUGGAAAGGUUCUGAUGUAGCAAUCAAGAGAAUUAAAGCCAGCUGCUUUGCGGGAAGGCCUUCUGAAAGAGAACGUUUGAUUGCGGAUUUCUGGAAAGAAGCUUUGAUAUUGAGUUCAUUACAUCAUCCAAAUGUUGUUUCUUUCUAUGGUAUAGUACGUGAUGGCCCUGAUGGAUCCUUAGCUACUGUUACAGAAUUCAUGGUUAAUGGAUCCUUGAAGCAGUUUUUACAGAAGAAGGACAGGACUAUUGAUCGUCGUAAGAGACUUAUCAUCGCAAUGGAUGCUGCAUUUGGAAUGGAGUAUUUGCAUGGAAAGAACAUUGUACAUUUUGAUUUGAAAUGUGAAAAUCUGUUGGUAAAUAUGAGAGAUCCACAGCGUCCGGUGUGCAAGAUUGGCGAUUUGGGCUUGUCAAAGGUCAGACAACAUACAUUAGUGUCAGGAGGUGUUCGCGGAACUCUGCCCUGGAUGGCACCUGAGCUUUUGAGUGGUAAAAGUAACAUGGUAACUGAAAAGAUUGAUGUCUACUCUUUUGGGAUUGUUAUGUGGGAGUUAUUGACUGGUGAAGAACCUUAUGCAGAUAUGCAUUGUGCUUCUAUAAUUGUACAGGAGAAAGAGGGCAAGGAGAGAAGAGAGGGGAAAAAUAAUAGAAAGCAGAAGGCAGAGAGAAAGAGAAAGAAACUAGAGGGGAAGAGACUGAUUUCAAUGUCUAUUUAUGGGAAACGUUUUGAAACAAUGUGUUAAUAAGCAUUUCUAAUAAAAGCAUAGCCAUCCUUCUAACAAAUAGGGGAAGUCCCAUUGAUUACCCUAAACAUAAAUGAAACCGUAAAAAUGCCUUAAAGGUGAUCCUCCAAUAUUGAUUUGUAAAAGCAAUGGCCCUCAUCGGAAUUAUCAUGUCUUUGUCAGGGACAAAGUUUUAAAUUUUAACAAAUUAGUUGUUGAAGCAUGGUUCACAAUGGUAACACUAUUCUGUAAAUCUGGCAAAUUUCUGAUGUCUUUUGCACAUAUGCUUUUAAGAGGUUAAACAAUGAAAAUUGUUCUUAAGUAGGAGUGUUUUCAUUUCCAUUGAAUUAAAGAUGCCAAGAAAGGUUAGCUUCAAUAUCAUUCAUUUACUGUUCAUUGGAGGAUCUGUCCUGCUGAUCAAUCAGCAAUUACUUUCUAUAAGAGGAGAAAAAAGUGACUACUGUUAUUUUGGUUUUCUUUUGUUUGUAGGUCUGCGUUUGAUGCAGUUCCUUGAUAAAAGAAUUUAGUAUUAACCUAUGAAUGGAUCUCUAUUUGUGAAUAUUUCUGAAAAUAACUACUAAGUUGUUUGUUAUAUGAAAUGAAAGGGAAAUCAAUAUUCAGAUGAAUGGGUCUGGACUUGUAACUCUCUUUAAUAUAGUUGAAAGGAUCUUUUUUCCAUUUAAGCAAGCUAUUUCUUUAGUAUGCAUGUUUUUGGAAGUCGCAUUCAGAUUAUAUUUUUAGAUGUGAACUUGGCCUGUUAAGGAUAU